GCGCGGCCGCUUCCUACUGUAUCGGAUAGUCGCGGGUUUACGCCGAUGGACAGAAAGCCCGGAGAGGCUUUAUGUCCAAAAAGGCCCGCUUGCGUGUGCAGUACCAACCCGCGCGCAGGUCGACUUCAUGAGCACUCUGUCCAGUGCUUUUUGCCUUGGGACACCGGACGGGUCUGCGGCGCGACAGUCGCGCUGACCUGUUGCCAGCGAGUGUACUGAGCAAAGGAGCCGGAAACUCCGUAAGCGUGCGCCCCAAACCUGCUCUCUGAAUCCACCAGUGACAGUGGGCGGUAUCAAGGCAGUGGCUCGGCUUUGGCCGUUACCUUUGCUGCUUACACUGGCUGUCUCUAUGACUGGCUGGUCCGGAAAAUCCACAGUCGGCUGCUGUGGUUUGCCUCAUUUUCUAAAAGGUCGAGCUCGUCGCUACUACAUUUUAGCUAACAGGAGUCCCUGGGCGUUCUGCCCGUAGUAUAAACCCUCUCCCGACUCCGUAACAUGAUGACCGUGCUGCCGCUCACUGACACGACCACGACCGCCAGCAAGAAGCGGCGUCGCAGCAUCGAACCCGUGGACUCGAGCAAGAUUCUGGCCAUGCCGCUCAGCAUGUCGCCGCGCGCGAUGGCGUCCAGCCCCGUGCGCGCCGCCGUCAAGGAGAGCGAGGAGCUACUGCGCCGCAGCCUCAUGGGACUUUCGCUGCAGCUCAAGCUCAAGAUGAUUCUCGUGGAAGCCUGGGCCUCGGACAUGAACAGCGUCGUCAUGGAGCGCAACCUCUUCUCUAUCGCCAAGGAGCUAGCUAUUUUGAAAGAAAUGGGCGUCUACGAACAGCACACGUGCGUGCGCUUCCUGGAGCUAGCGCGCAACCGCAUGGCGCAGCUCCUGGAGCAGACCGAGCGUCACGAGACGCUGCACAUGGAGGCCGAGCAGAUGUGGACCAUGGCGCUCAUUCAGGCGCAAGAAGCCGUCGCCACGCCGCCCACCAGUCCGUCUGCCGUCAGCGAAUUCCCGCUCCUUAGUGGCUUCGACGCCAGCAGCCGCGACAUCUCGGUACUGUGGCGGGCCAUGUCCAUCGCGCGGGACCGCGGCGCUCAGCUCUGGCACGAGAACAAGCCCGAACAAGCGCUGCCCUUCCUGUUAGCCGCCGAUUCAUACAUGAAGCGCUUCACGCUUAAGUACCAGCGCCUCAAAGUAGACCACGCCAUGGUAGACACACUCCAGAAGCCGCCUAUGGAGCCCAAGCACACACCCACGCGCGUGUCGUUCGCCGAGGAACCACAGGUCAUGGGAGUCGCAGAUGCCGAGGUGGAUCGAACACCCAUCUGCCCUACUAAACCGUCCAAGCUAGAGUCGCUACUACUCCGCACAUCGCGCGAGUUCCCGACGCCCCCAUUCUAGACGCUUAUGAUUCAAACUACUCAGGUCUCAACGGAAGGCCCACGUAUUCUAGCUAGCUAUAGUAACUUAUGAGCAGAAUGUUCAGACAAAUCAUCCCCACACUCUGGUUUAUUUGGCUUCCCAAUUAAUUUCCACUAGCCUUCCGUCGCCG